AAUGUCCCUGGCCGGAAUCCCUGCCUUUCGGAGCCGCGAGACCAGAAGCUGGGAGAAGUUGGAGAGGUCGGGGAAGGGAGGGUUGGAAGAAAUUGCGGACAGGCACCCCUACCCUGGUCGCCUGAGCCGCCGAGGAGUGUCUCUGCCGUGUCCAGGCCGAGUGUGGACGCGCCAAGCGCGGCCCCGCCAGGGCUGGGAGUUUGCAGACCGUCCCUGCAGCGGCCAGCUCGGCGGCGGCCCUGCGGCUCCCGCGGCUGCCGCGGCGGCCCCGGGCGAGAUCCAGCCCAGGUAACUGCGCCGCAGGCUCGGGGCGCCGCGACUCCGUGCUUCGCCGCGUCUUGGGCCCCACCGGGACCGCGGCUGGCUGGCGCUCCCGGCUGCUGCUGCUGCUGCUCAACACGGAGCACAAUGGAAGCGAGGAAAGAAAAUCGGCUGACACAGGAGCCAGAGUGAGACGGACGAACCCACCAUGAACUUGUGUCCCCCGGCUACACUUUAACAGCCAACGGCAGGUGAAGUUGCCGGAGGGCAAUGGCUUUCUUUACUCCGUGGAAGUUGUCCUCGCAGAAGCUGGGCUUUUUCCUUGUGACUUUUGGCUUCAUUUGGGGUAUGAUGCUCUUGCAUUUUACCAUCCAGCAGCGAACUCAGCCUGAGAGCAGCUCCAUGCUGCGCGAGCAGAUCCUGGACCUCAGCAAGAGGUACAUCAAGGCCCUGGCAGAAGAAAACAGGAAUGUGGUGGAUGGGCCAUAUGCCGGUGUCAUGACAGCGUAUGAUUUGAAGAAAACUCUUGCCGUGUUGUUGGAUAAUAUUUUGCAGCGCAUUGGCAAGCUGGAGUCGAAGGUCGACAAUCUUGUAAUCAAUGGCACAGGAACCAACUUGACCAACUCUACUACAGCUGUUCCCAGCUUGGUAGCACUUGAGAAAAUUAAUGUGGCAG